UGGACCUGCAGAGUUUGGACUCUCUGACUCAGUCUGCAGACAUCAUGGCUCAGCUGGUGGAGUGCGUCCCCAACUUCUCUGAGGGUCGAAAUAAAGAGGUGAUUGAUGCGAUCGCCGCCGCCGUCUCUGGCACCCCGGGCUGCAGUCUGCUGGAUGUCGACCCUGGUGCCUCCACCAACCGCACCGUCUACACCUUCGUGGGCUCGCCUGCGGCUGUGGUGGAGGGCGCGCUGAACGCCGCCCGGCAGGCCUUUACCCUCAUCGACAUGAGCAAACACUCAGGUGAGCAUCCUCGGACCGGAGCGCUGGACGUCUGUCCCUUUAUCCCCGUCCAGAAUGUCUCCAUGGACGACUGCGUCCAGUGCGCCAACGCCUUUGGACAGAGACUGGCAGAGAUGCUGCACGUCCCCGUGUAUCUUUAUGGAGAAGCAGCACGAAAGGAAACGAGGAGAAGUCUUCCAUCUGUCCGAGCUGGAGAGUAUGAAGCUUUACCUGACAAGCUGAAGCGUCCUGAUUGGUCCCCUGACUUUGGCCCCGCCAUGUUCGUACCGUCGUGGGGCGCGACAGUAACCGGCGCUCGUAAGUUCCUCAUCGCCUACAACGUGAACCUGAUCAGCACCAAGGAGCAGGCUCACCGCAUCGCUCUGGACAUCAGAGAGCAGGGCCGAGGGAAAGACCAGCCGGGGCUGCUGCAGAAGGUGCAGGGGAUGGGCUGGUACCUGGACGAGUCCAACAUUGCUCAGGUGUCCACCAACAUCCUGGAUUACGAGCUGACCCCCCUCCACAGGGUGCACCAGGAGGUCUGCAGGGAGGCUGAGGAGCUGAAGCUGCCUGUGGUGGGAUCUCAGAUCGUGGGUUUGAUCCCUCUGAAGGCCGUGCUGGACUCUGCUGACUUUUUCAUCCACAGAGACGGACUCUUUAUCGUCGAAGAGGAGCACAAAGUCCGCCUGGUGAUCAGUAAACUCGGCCUCGACUCUCUCGGUCCGUUCAACCCUGAGGAGAGAAUCAUAGAGUACAUGGUGAGGUCACAUGAGGACAGCCAGCUGGUGUCUCUGUCUGUGCAGCAGUUUGUUCGGAGUGUUGGCGCUCGGACGGCUGCUCCCGGUGGAGGAUCGGUGUCUGCCGCUAUCGCUGCUAUGGGGGCGGCAUUGGGCGCCAUGGUGGGUCAGAUGACGUACGGGAAGAGGCAGUUUGAGAACCUGGACGGCGUGAUGAGGAGGCUGAUUACGCCGUUUCAUCACGCCAUGAAUGACCUGCUGAUCAUGGUGGACGCCGACUCAUCAGCCUUCAACAGCUACAUGGCGGCACUGAAAAUGCCGAAGAACACUGCAGAGGAAAUAAAAAGGAGAGAGGCUGCGAUGCAGGAGGGUCUGCAGCGAGCGGUGAGCGUGCCCUUGGCUCUGGCUGACAGGAUCAGCGUCCUCUGGUCUCCUCUGAAGGAAAUGGUCGUCCAUGGAAACAUCGCCUGCAAGUCCGAUGCUCAGGUGGCAGCUAAAGCUUUAGAGACGGCGGUUUUCGGAGCGUAUUACAACGUCAUCAUCAACCUUAAAGACGUGACAGACGACACCUUCAGGAUGGCUACUCAGAAGAGAGUGGCGGCGUUGCUGCAGGAGGCGAAGGAGAGCGCCGCUGCCGUCCUCCUCGCUGCUGACAAGAGGAACUGAAUCUUCUUCUUCUACGAUGUUUAAACUCAGAAUCUUAGUCAGUUAUCUUAGUGUUUUUACGUGAUCAGUUAAUGAACCUGGUCUACAGCUACGUCUUAUUUUAAUAUCGUCCACAGAAGAUGAUUCACUGUUCUCCUCACUGAUGUUAAAUGUUAAUAAAACUGUUUCUGAUCUUUGACCCUGAAAA